AUGCCUAGUUCCUCGUUUCCUUGUCUUCUGUUUGGUUCCCUGCUGCUCUUCAUCUCCCACUCCAUAGCCCAAACAUCCUUUCGUCCCAAAGCUCUUGUUCUUCCAGUCUCCAAGGAUCCCUCAUCUCUCCAAUACCUUACCCAACUCAACCAAAGGACCCCUCUCGUCCCCGUCAAACUAACCCUUGACCUUGGCGGCCAAUUCCUUUGGGUAGACUGUGAUCAGGGCUAUGUUUCAUCUACCUACAAGCCUGCCCGGUGCCGCUCAGCCCAGUGCUCCCUUGCUAAGGCUAAGGCUAGCAGUUGUGGACAGUGCAUCUCUGCCCGAAAGCCCGGCUGCAACAAUAACACAUGCUAUCUCUACCCAGAUAACACCGUGACACGCACCGCCACCUCCGGUGAGCUUGCCCAGGAUGUUGUUUCUAUACAAUCCACUGAUGGGUCCAAUCCCGGUAGGGGGGUUUCAGUGCCUAAGUUUCUCUUCGAUUGCGGCGCAACUUUUAUCCUUGAGGGCCUUGCUAGUGGUGUUAAGGGUAUGGCUGGCCUGGGAAGGACUAGAAUUUCGCUUCCAUCUAAAUUUUCUGCGGCUUUCAGCUUUUAUAGAAAGUUUGCCAUUUGCUUGAGUUCUUCGACGAGAGCUAAUGGUGUUGUAUUCUUCGGUGAUGGUCCAUAUGUUUUGCUUCCAAAUAUGGAUGUCUCUAAGUCUCUUAUCUAUACCCCUCUGAUCCUCAACCACGUUAGCACAGCCUCAGUUUACUCACUAGGCGACUCUUCAGCCGAAUACUUCAUUGGCGUGAAGUCUAUCAAAAUCAACGAGAAACGUGUGCCAUUAAAUUCGUCGUUGUUGUCCAUCAACAGAGAAGGCUUUGGAGGAACGAAAAUCAGCACUGUAAACCCUUACACCGUCAUGGAGACCACAAUCUACAACGCAGUAAUCAAUGCUUUCGUCAAAGAACUUGCGAAUGUCCCCAGAGUGGCAUCGGUGGCACCCUUCGGGGCAUGCUUUAGCUCAAAAAACAUCGGCAGCACACGCGUAGGCCCGGCUGUGCCUCAGAUCGAUUUUGUUCUGCAAAGUCAGACUGUGUACUGGAGGAUAUUCGGCACAAACUCCAUGGUGCAAGUCAGGGAUUAUGUGCUGUGUCUGGGGUUCGUGGAUGGAGGCUCAAACCCAAGGACAUCUAUUGUGAUUGGAGGACAAUCUUCUGCAGUUUGAUUUAGCGACAUCGAGGCUUGGCUUCAGCUCCUCGCUAUUGUUCAGGCAGACAACUUGCGCCAACUUCAACUUUACCUUUAAUGCUUGAAGGAUCGAUUAAUCCAAGUUCAU